AUGUUGUGUCGCAGGAGAGCACCGCCCCUGUACCCUGACGCCAAGCAGCAGGCGACGCGGCGGGAGGACAAUGUUCCCUACAGGAGCUACAGAGCCGCUCUGCACGAGGCUCUCACCGACCAGAGGUCUGGAGCCUUCGAUGUUGGAGCGAGAGUGAAGGACGAGCCUUGGGAGAGUCACGAGGAAGUCCUGGAUAUUCCCAUUCUGUGGCAAUUCCUGGUGGCACUCCUGCACGACCCUGCCAACGCGUCCUGCAUCGCGUGGACCGGCAGGGGCAUGGAGUUUAAGCUGAUUGAGCCCGAGGAGGUGGCUCGCCGCUGGGGCCUGCAGAAGAACCGUCCCGCCAUGAACUACGACAAGCUGAGUCGCUCCUUGCGGUACUACUACGAGAAGGGCAUCAUGCAGAAGGUGGCAGGGCGGGCGUGGGGGCGUGGCCAGGACGUUGGGGGCGGGGCGGGCGGGGCUGCGGGUCACUACGACAGGAGGGGAAGCCUGAAGGUUUUCCCGCACCACUACUACCCAAGAGCGGCGGCGGCGGCUUCGUAUGCAGCUGCAGCCGCCUGGUCCACCGGGUCACCUGGGGCCGCCGCCGCCGCCCAGCAUCUCCUGGCGCCACACGUCACCUGGUCGUCCCCGCCUGCCACCCAGUACGAUCUAGCCUCGUAUUCGCAGUUCGCUAAGUUCGGCUACGACUACCUGCCCGACCACGUCACCUCCUCACUCACCAUGCAGAAGGACGACCUCAAGAAUAUGAAUGCUAAUCUAGGCAUGGAGCGCGGCAUGGAGGCUGGCUACUGUGACUACUCCCUCGCACACGUGGAGAAACCCAAGUUCGAUCCCCUGGUGCAGUCAGUCCGCGGGGGACCCAUGGUGAGCGCGCACCACCACCACCAUCACCACCACCCUGGAGCCGCGGGCGUGGGUGUGGUUGGGGUGACACACGACGCUACCACGGGUCUUCCAACACCCACAGGGGAGGUGACCCACGACCCCAUGACCCAGCUGCAGGCGUGUGCUCGCUCCCACCACCUGCACGCCUGCGUCAGAUAAGAGGCAUGGGCGUGACUGUAGGCGCCCUCGUCCUGGCUCGUCGUUGCUUGGUGUGGUUCGUUGGUCGGUUUUCUUAUGUUUUUAUGUGUUAUUUUCGUCCUUGUGUCUGUCGUUGUGUAGGUACGU